AUGGGUGUUAAGCAGCCAAAAGGGUGGAAGGACGCUAGCGCUAUCUCCGAGGAAUUUAAAGGUGUUAAAAUGAUGGAUGUCGAUCAAGGUUUGUAUCAACCGGUAUUACCAGCGGAGGCUUGGAUUCCCGAUAAUGAAUAUAUUGUAUAUUCGGUUUCUCAAGUCAAACUUCGAUAUUUAUUCAAAGUUCAAUUCUCUCAUUAA